AUGGCAGGCACAAUGAUCUCAGGAAGCCGAAGAAAGCUCAUCAGAGAGAUUGAGGAUUCCCAAACUCCCCCGACCUCAACUAAGCUAGGGACUAGAGCUAGCGUCUUAUCUAAGAGUGGAUCAAGAACUGGAUUAGCAAAGGGCCUGAUGCUGCUUCACAGACUGAUGAUAGAUCUUAGAGGUUUGCCUGUGAGGGGCAACCUGCAUUUCCACUAUCGGCAGCAACAAGGAUUCUUGAAUGCCUCCAUGCCCAAACCACCACUCCAGCUUCUGCCACCACCACAACUGCCACCACCACCACCAUUACCACUACCAUCACCACCACCACCAUCACUGCCACCAUCACUACCAUCACCACCACCACCACCACCACUACUAUCAUCACCACCAUCACCACCACCACCACCACUACUAUCAUCACCACCAUCACCACCACCACCACCACUACUAUCAUCACCACCAUCACCACCACCACCACCACCACUAUUAUCACCACCAUCACCACCACCACUACUAUCAUCACCACCAUCACUACCACCACUACUAUCAUCACCACCAUCACUACCACCACUACUAUCAUCACCACCAUCACCACCACCACCACCACCACUACUAUCAUCACCACCAUCACCACCACCACCACCACCACUACUAUCAUCACCACCAUCACCACCACCACCACCACUACUAUCAUCACCACCAUCACCACCACCACCACCACUACUAUCAUCACCACCAUCACCACCACCACCACCACCACUAUCAUCACCACCAUCACCACCACCACUACUAUCAUCACCACCAUCACUACCACCACUACUAUCAUCACCACCAUCACUACCACCACUACUAUCAUCACCACCAUCACCACCACCACCACCACCACUACUAUCAUCACCACCAUCACCACCACCACCACCACCACUACUAUCAUCACCACCAUCACCACCACCACCACCACCACUACUAUCAUCACCACCAUCACCACCACCAUCACCACCACCACCACCACCACUACUAUCAUCACCACCAUCACCACCACCACCACCACCACUACUAUCACCACCAUCACCACCACCACCACCACUACUAUCAUCACCACCAUCACCACCACCACCACCACUAUCAUCACCACCAUCACUACCACCACUACUAUCAUCACCACCAUCACCACCACCACCACCACCACUACUAUCAUCACCACCAUCACCACCACCACCACCACCACUACUAUCAUCACCACCAUCACCACCACCACUACUAUCAUCACCACCAUCACCACCACCACCACCACUACUAUCAUCACCACCAUCACCACCACCACCACCACCACUACUAUCAUCACCACCAUCACCACCACCACCACCACUACUAUCAUCACCACCAUCACCACCACCACCACCACCACUACUAUCAUCACCACCAUCACCACCACCACCACCACCACUAUCAUCACCACCAUCACCACCACCACUACUAUCAUCACCACCACCACCACCACCACCACUACUAUCAUCACCACCAUCACCACCACCACCACCACCACUAUCAUCACCACCAUCACUACCACCACUACUAUUAUCACCACCAUCACCACCACCACCACCACCACUAUCAUCACCACCAUCACCACCACCACCACCACCACUACUAUCAUCACCACCAUCACCACCACCACCACCACCACUACUAUCAUCACCACCAUCACCACCACCACCACCACCACUACUAUCAUCACCACCAUCACCACCACCACCA